AAGGACUGCCCAGCAAGACAACGGAAAAGAAACGAUUAUAGGGAGGGGAAGAAGAGUUAAAGUGCAGGGCUGAGUGAGGGGGGGUGAACACGCUGGGUGCCAACUGGAUUCUGGCAAAGUCCAACGUCGGUGGCGUUUCUAAGGAAACGACAGCGCAACUAAAUUCACAGAGCUGGAGCAGAACUUACUGGAAGCUUAGCGCGCCGAGGAUCAAGCUGCAAUCAGUGGAAACGCAAAAUCAGAGAAAACGCGUCGUCGUUCUUCCUCUUCGGAUGGAUCGAGAAUAACGUUGCCAGUUCUUGUGCCGCAGCUAAAACUCACUUGAUGGGCACCGGCUGUCCAAUGGAGGAUCACAUGACCUCGUCUGACACGGCAGGCCCGGGUUGCAGCUCGGUUACCAUGGCGACAGACUCUACAGGAACGGGACGAUUUGAUCUUAGGGUCCUGUGUGACCGAGUGGAGGUCCUGGAGCAGAAAGCAGGUUCAGACAUCCAGUCUGACAGCUACCUGAGGAACAGGAUCAGAGAGUUGGAGAGGUCCGAGAGGAGCCUCCUGCUACAGCUGUAUCAGCUCGUCUCUUCCUCCAAACUCCCCAGCAUGCUACACUCUCAGAGGCUGGACCAGAGACUCAACAUGCUCAGGGAGGAGGUCAGGACUAUGAGUCAGGAGAAGGAGCGUGGGGAGCGAGUAUGGAGAGACAGACUGCAGCGCUGUCAGCGGCAGCUGAAGGCCAAAGAGGAGGAGAUGAGUCGCCAGUCCCAGUAUUUUGAAAACUUCAAAGCUCAGCUCCAACAUAAGCUCAGCCUGUUCCGGGACAGAGAGCAGACUCUACAGAGUCGGAUCUACAGUUUAGAAAAGCAGCUGCUUGACAUGACUGUGAGUGCCGCCACUGGCACGACAACGAUCAGGGCUGUGAGAAUUACUCGGACAAACUUGGAAGAACAAGACAGGCUGCCAUCGCUGAGAGGGGAGGGAGAAGGAGAAGAGGAGAAAAAGGAGGAGAGGAGGAAGCAAUGGCAGUCCAGUGUGGAAAUGGGGAGAAAGGAAACAAGAGAGGGUGAUGACGGACAAGCAGAGAAAGAUAUAGAGGGAGACUCAAAAUACACCUCAAAUGAGGCCAGACUGCAAAGCUUUAUUAUCAGCCUGCAGGAGGAUCUCAAGGUGCUGCUGGAGAGGGAGGAGGGCAGGAUGACUGAGAGGAGGGGUCUUAUGGAGCAGCUGCAGGAGGCCCAGGAGAACAACCUGUUCAUGGGCUGCAGAGUGGAUGAGAUGAAGGCACAAGUGCAGCAGCUGAAACUGUCUGAAAGCUCCUUGUUGGAGGAGGUUGAAGAGCUGAGAGAGGAGAACCAAAGACUCCAACAGACCCUCAGGGAUUCAGCUAAUCAAACACAGAGUCAGCCAUCGCCGAUCCCUGAGUCCACACGUCUAAGUCCUGGGAACAUCUCUCCAGGCUGUAGUCCUGCUGUUUGCUCUGGGCCCAAUAACACUCCCUCAUAUAGCACUGCCAUGGGAAAGUCAACAGCAGGAAGGGCAGCAAAGGUGCAGCCAAUCUCAGAUGAGGGGAGUGCAGAGCCAAAUCCACCUGCAGUUUCACCAGUUUACCACCAGGCUACAGCAGAGAGCGCACUAUACAACACAGAGGAUCGCUCACAGUUUAAAACUCCAUCUAUAAAACAACCUCUGAGCCACUUCACCAACUUCCAGUCACUUACCUUAACUACAGAGUCAUUAGAUGAGUUUAAACUGGGGACCUGGUGCUCUAAAGGGGUCCUAAACUUGGAGGAAAUCCCCAGUGAGGAAUCGGACGCCCUGAGGGACGCGUUCAAGAGUUUAGGAUUAGGGGAAGAUCUUCAAACGCUUCGAGAGCAACGUGACCGCCUGGAGGUUUCCCUGCAGCACACACAGGAACAGCUGCGGGUGACGGUUCAGGAGAAUUCUCAACUAAAGUUACAACUCAGGAAACAGGCAGAGGAACAACAGACAAGAGAAAAGAUCAGCGAUGAAGAUAAUCUUCUCCAAACACCCGCCACCGAAGAUGACACCAUUCUCGCCCAGGAUGAUCUGGUCCAAGCCCUGAAUCAGGAAAACCGCGCACUGGCAGAUCGUAUCCAGGAGCUGCUGGCUCACAUUGAGCUCAGGGAGGAGGAGAUCACGAAGGAGCAAACGCAGCUGAAGGAGCAUAUCUCAAGGUUAGAGGAAGAUGGUGUCAGGCUGGAGCAGGAGAACCAGGAACACGGCUGUUUGAUCUCAGAGCUCACCAAGAAGACAGAGGACGAUCUAAAUACCAUCAUGGAGUUGCAACAAAAGUUAUCUGAGGGUAGAGAGGAGAAAGAGGAGUCACAGGUUCAGUGGCAGUGUUCAUUAAAUAGAAGUUUUCUACAGAACAACCUGGAAGAAUCUGUUGAUAGUGUAGUUGCAAGUGUGCUAAAAGGAGAAGAAGAAGGAAAAGAAGAAGCGCAGCUGAUGUUCAGUCAAGAAAUUGACGCUUUGACCACAACUUCAGUGUUUGGUUGUCAAAUCAAUAAUCAGAAAGUCUCACUGAAGAACAUGCAGCAAAGUACUCUCCAUGUUAGUGCACUGACAGAUCAAGUGUCCCAGUUAACCAACUCAGCCCAGAGCCUCAAAGCCGAACAAGAAGAACUUACUGUCUGCAUAAAUUCUCUCAGAGAGCAGCAAAGAGAAGUAGCUCUAUCAAUCAAAACACAGACGGAAGAGAAACAACAGUUAACUCGGACCGUCUGGGGACUGAAGGAGGAAAAAGACUGCGUCGCUCAAUCUCUGUCUGGCCUUAAAAUGGAGAAAGAGCAGCUCAGCAGGGCGGUGUGUGCCCUGAAGGAUGAGAGAGAACAGUUUAUAGUGUCAUUGAGUGGCCUCAAAGAGGAGAAAGAGCAUCUGACUAAGUCUUUAUCUGCUCUUGAAAGAGAUAAAGAAGCAGCGGUGGAAUCUCUCUCACGGGAAAAAGAAGAGAGAGAUCAAAUCAAACAAUCAGUGCAGACUUUACAGGCAGAGAGCGAGCAGUUAAACCAGACAGUGUUUUAUUUCAAACAAGAGAGAGAGAAACUAACCAAUUCACUGAAGCCUCUUAAGGAACAGAGUGACCGGGAACAAUUAUCUUACACUUCGAAAGAAGGCCGUGACAGGCUGAUACAGUCACUUAGCAGUUUGAAGGAAGAAAAAGAAAGAACUGAAAAUUCAAUCAGGUGUUUGAAAGAAGAGGAAAAACAGCUAACACUCUUGGUCCAAGGCCUAAGAGAGAAUAGAAAUAGUUUGCAAGCUCUCCCCAUUGAAGCAGAAGAGAGUAGCCCAUUGAAUGUCAGUACUUGUGCGACAAAGAAGACUGAAAGUCUUGCGGGAGACUGUGCUACACAAAGAUGUCAGACUAAAAACCGCUGGGGAAACUCGAUCCAGGAGCAAAGUGAUCUGAUGAAGGAGAUUGAAGCUUUGGGAGAAGAUUUAAAGAGGUCACGAGAGGAGCUGGAAAAGUGCCAUGCGGAGACCAAGAGGUUGCGCAGUGAACUGUGUCAGUCAGAAGCCAGGAGGGAUGAGGCAGAAAGAAAGGCAACGCACGCGGCUGAAAAGGUGGCGAGGCUGACGGAUGCGAGCAGUCAGAUGGAAGAAACCAGGAUGGAAAAUGACAACCUCGCCACCCAGGUGAAGGAGCUGCAGAGCAAAGUGACAGGGCUGCUCAAGGAGAAGACUGACGCGCUGUCACUUAAGGCACGAGUAGAGGAGCAGUACAACGUCCUCUCUGCUCAGCUCAGGGCUAAGACCGUGGCUCUGGAGGAGCUGAACUCAGAGUAUAUAGCUCUGAAAAGAGGACAGGGCAGCGGGGAUGAUCUGAGCACUGCUCUUGUCUCACUCAGGUCACGUUACAAUGACAUCAGAGCAAAGUAUGAUGCACUCCUUAAAAGAAAAAGCCAGACAGAUUUGGACAUAGCUCCUCUGAAGGCCAAGAUGUCUUGCCUGGUGGUGAAGUGUCAGGAGAGGAACAGCUUGUUAGUUCACUUGAUGAAGGCCAUGCACAGACAAGGGUGCGUGGACCCCCAGCUCACACAGCAAGUUGAGCAGCUGCUCAGUGAUGCUGCUCUGCAGGACUACACUGCAGCAUUCACACCAGAAACCUACACAAAGACUAAAGAUUACUCAGAAUUCAUUUCAAAAUUUCAAGGCCACACCAGUGCGUUAAUGCCUGAUCACACCUGCCCGGUUGUAUACUCCUCUGCAAACAAACAACAACCAAAACACUCUUCUAUAGUUACAACUGAAUCAUCUACAAAUUUCCAAGAUUGCAGUACUGAAGUCAUGCCUGCUGCGACAGAAACGCUAAAGAAAAAUACCAAGUCACCUGUGCCAACCUCACCAGUGCAAGAACAUAGCAGUGUCCAGGUGGCACCGUCGCCGAAGGAGAGUCUGAUCACUAACACAGCACAGCUGUCUCCUUCUGCCAGAAGGAAUCUGAAUGGAUCCUCGUUGAGUCCCACCCCUCGUUCCUCCAGCGCAUGUGUCGGCGUGAGCAGGAGGCUCAGUAGCCCUGAGAAGAUCCUCAACCUACAUGAGCAACUGCAGAAGACUCUGAUGAGCAGCUAUCAGACUCAUGAGAGCAGAGGAAGAGGAGAGCAGCCAAGAAAGAGCCUGUGUCUUUCAGCUCCUACAGACCAGAACUCAGCUUCUCUGACAAAGAACCUCAGUUUCAAUAUUUCCCAUUGCAACGCUCUGCCGGUCGCCACUUCUUUGAGCCAAGCUAAACACACGCCAGUGGAACCAACUAAACCUCCCGCCAACAAUAAGUCAACAACACUUUUUAAUGCAGUUGUAGCCCGGUCAGCUAAUGCAACAUUCAGUCCCAGCAUCUUUACUAACCACGGCCUCAAAGUGGAUGUACCAAAAAUUACGACGUCCGUGCUUUCAAACUUUUCUUUUGCCGCUUCAGGACCCAGCAAAGACAAACCCAUCCCAGGUGGUGCCUCCAAUAUGACAAUAUCCCCAAAGCCGACAAAGAAAAUCACCACUGUCCCUGAGGUAUCACAUCCACCUUCUACUUCUCUAACUCCAAGGACCACAAACUUUGGCUCUGACGUCACAAGUCCAAGAACCACUGCCUCAGACGCAACUGCCCCAAUAAACUCAACUGCCCCUGAAAACAUUAUGAUUUCUAAAAUAGAUGGUGCUGACCGUAUGUGUCGUGGCUUUGCAUUAGCUACAUCCCGCUCUCAGUCUGCUUGCUCUACUGAGAGAUCCAGCAAAUCUGCCAGAAAGUCCACUGCUGCUCCUCUAGAAGAGACCAAGACUGCAAGACCCAAACCAGAAGCUCCAGCGGAGGUUUGCUGCGUUGAGGUCCUCAAAACGGUGGGACAGAGCAGCCUCAUGAUCGGCUGGGAGCGGCCGCCACUUGAUGAGCUGGGCUGCAGUAACGGCACGUUUGUGUACGGCUACAGGGUGUUUGUAGACGGGGACUUCCACAAAUCUGUCAUGAGCUCAGCGUGCACCAAGUGUAUUCUAGAGAACGUUGACCUGAGUGUCCCAGUCCACAUCAGCAUCCAGACACUGGGAUCUAAUGGUCUCAAUUCAAAUAGUGUCCACACCAUGUACAGGGCCUCAGUCAUAUGAGACCAACACACACUCACAGUGUCCUGAUUACAACAACCCACGUACUGACUUGGAUGGCAGAAAUACAGCAACUUCUCAGUGAAAAUCUCCCUCGUCAGGGCAGAGCUCAAAUGGUGCUGUCCCCUCAGUGAACAGCCAUCUAUAGCUGCAGCUCUCUGAGGGACCGUCCUAACCUCCACCUCAGCUGAGACGCGCAAAUACCCACCAUGUGAUUCUCAGGCUAGCCAAUCAGAAAGAAACUCAUCUCACGUGGUCAUAACAAACCGACGAAGAGCCCGGUGGCCGGACUUUAAACCUCAACAUGAUUAACUGAAGAUGUCAUACAAAAAUACUGUGGUAGAUCUGUGUCUGGUGAAAAGCAGCUCGACUUGUGUGGGAAGACAUUUCUGAUUCAGAGUCUCGCUCUCUGAACCUCUUGGAUGUGAAAGACAUUAUGACGAACGACGGAAAAGAGAGAAAAACCAGAGUAGCUGCCAAAGGAACCUGUCCUGAAAACGGUUUUAUAAAGCCAAUCACAUUGUAAAAAAUCCACCUGUGACACCAACAUUUACUAGCAUUGGCCAAGAAGACACGAAAAUGUUGGCGUUACAUCUGCUGCACACUUUUCCACUGUGUUAAACUCUGAGAGAUCACGUGUUGUAUUGCUUCAUCAAAGAGCUUCUCUGCUGCCUCUCUGGACUUGUUGGACUAAAGGAACAUUAACUGUAUGAGAAACAGCAGCACAUACUGUAUAAUGUGUUGACAGCACUGUACACAAAGGUCACAGGACUUGACUUUUUACACAUGAAGCCAAAUAUGUGAAAAGAUGAUUCACUCCAAAGACUUUUCUGUUUCCUUCUCCUCACAGGUCUACGGGAUUUCUUUACACACAGAAGCCAGAUGUUGAUUAAGUUUGCACACAAUCAUUAUUGAUAUCUAAAAGGUCACAUAAAAUAAAAAAUAAGAGAUUAUCACUGAUAUUUUUUGUAGGGAAUAUUAUAAAAAUAUGCCAAUACACUGUAUGUAUUUUUCAUACCUGAUCGAUGUCACGGUUGCACGCUCACAUUCUUUUGUUCUAGUUUCUCUUUAGUUUUAUAAAUGCUCACAGCGCACUGUUCUUUUGUUACUUACAUGUGUAUGGGCGUGGAGUGAUCAUGGUGCAGCAAAGGUAUUUUUUUAACAGUAAUUUAUAAUAUUUAUUUCCCAUUGAUUGAGCUGUACAGAAAAUAAAUGUUUAUAUAAUAUUA